GGACAAGGCAGAGUCGCAGAAAACAAUAUAUUGUCUUAGCGUCACCAAAGUAUUGGAGGGGCCUGCAGAAUAAUUCUUACCAAGUAAGAAUAGUUACAGAGAAUAGACCAACAGCAUUUACAACAUGUCCGUUGAUAAAGAAUCUGCUUUUCUCAAAUUAACGCUUGAGGGAGAAAUAAUAACCUCUGAAACCGUAUCUACGGAGAAAUUAUUGAAUAUUAUCACAACCAUGAAGAAAGAAGGUAAAAAACUUGUUGUGUACUUCGACUGGACGGAAGUACAUUCAAAACCAAAGGCAUUGACAACACUAAUUAUCGCAUGGGCAACAACACAAAACCGCAAGAUUUUUGACAGAAAUGUUUUGACUAUAGAAGAGAAUGAUAUUAAAAACACUUUUUCAAAGAUAAAAGAAAUCCUUGAGGAUAGCACUCUACCUAAGAUAACAUUUAAUCCGAGAGCAGACUUCACAAGCUUGUUAGAUUACGGAAUCAAACUUCAGAAUAUAUUUGACAUACAGGCAUGUGUUCAGUGCAUAAAUGCUAGGAGAAACGAAAAAGGCGCUCUCGUCAUGAAUGAAAGCAACACUUUAGAUGAAAUAUGUACGAUUUAUAACAUACGUAAUUACGACAAUUCGCCUAUGCAUUUGUCUCACGUUUUAAGUCAGAUGGAUAUAGAAGAGUUUUUAACAAAAAAGAAUGGGACAUGGUUUACAGCGUUAAAGAGGAUUAAAUUUUUAUAUAGAAGAAGAAUGGCAAGAAUUAUUAAUGUAACAAACAAGCAGAAAGAAAUCAUGAGAAGAAAUUCUCAUCGAUUUAGCAGCUUUGAGGAAACCACUGCAGCUCGGAAAGAUGAAAAGAAAAGGAAAAUAACAACAUGCCUUUACCAACGUAAUAUGGAGGUAGAAAUGGAGAACGAUUCUUCAUAUCUAUAUUGCAGGGGACUGAAAGAAAAUGUCACCAACAAUCGACAAAAAAUAUCAGGGGUAUCUAAAAAUGACGAUGUUAAGCAUAAUAGUAUGAGCGAAUAUUGUGAUUCAUCGGUCUCUGAACGUCAUACCUCAGACGAGAUUCAUAAAUUUUGCGUACUUGCAAGUUACCAAAACACACUACAACGGUGUAACAAAAUGACAUAAAAUUGAGGAUCACGACUUAAUCUGGCUAUGUUGUAUUGCUAAAUGAUACCAAUUCAAUCUGAUAUACGUAAUCAAAGUAAGCAUCGUAAAUGUAAUUUUACAACUUAAUAGUUAGAAAAUCUUAUCAAAUGGUUUCUCAUUAAACUGACAAAAGGUCUGAACAAACUAUAAUUGAUGCAAAAUUAAAACAUAUACACACCAAAAGUAAAAUUUAGUCUAGUUGCUGUUGGAUUAUUCUUAUAACUUUUACACAGAAAUAAUGGAGAGAUAAAGUCUUCAGCAAUGAUUAUUGAUCUAUAUGGUCAAAAUAGUUUCACCAUCACCUGUCACCUCAGGUUAUAAAAUUUGAGAAUCUAAAAAAAAAAACCCAAACAAUUAUCAUUACAACAAAAAUGAAGUGAAGUAAUAAGGGGGUAAAUUAAUAAAAGUUAAAAUGAACUGAGAUUACUACACGUAAACAGUUUCUUGUGAUUGCCUGACAUAUCAAGAUGCAUUGCAUGAUACAUAGAAUAAUAUGUUAACGUUCAAACACGUGUUGUAUUAACAUUAAAAAUACAAAUUUUACUACACCAUAUGCGCAUUUCAACAAUACAUGUCACUUUAGUCAUGCUGGAGGCCAAAAUAUUUGAUUAUCGAAAACCUAAUACAAAAGGUAGUGUUGAAAAGCUAAUAAACAUAAGGACAAACAAUAAAGCCAGAAACGGACAACGAAUUAGAGAUAAACAUGA